AUGAUUUUUAUGAGCAAACGAUGGUGGGCCUGCAAUGGACGUUAUCCUUGGUGGGAAGUGGCAAGGGUUCUUAUAUUCGAAUAUUUGAAAAAGGAAAACAAAAAGGAGACGCCUCCAUUACCACCAAUUUCCCUAAUACUAAUAUCUAGCGUUGGAGAAGGAAUGGAAGUCAAUGGGAAGGAUGAUGAUUUGAAGACACCACUUCUGAAAUCCUCAGAUGCUGUUGUAAUUGAUAUUAAAUCAGUCCAUAGUGUCAAUCAAGGGAUUAGAACCAUUACAUUCAAAAUAGGUGGCAUAGAAUGUGCAUCAUGUUCAUCAUCCAUUGAAUCUUUACUUCUGGAUCUUAAUGGUGUUCAAAGUGCCAUUGUGUCACCACUUCAAGGCCAAGCUGUAGUUAAAUAUGCUCCAGAACUUGUUGAUGUAAAAGCAAUCAAAGAAACUGUUGAAGAUGCAGGAUUUGAAGUCAAAGAAUUUACAGAUCAAGACAUUGCAGUAUGUCGACUCAGAAUCAAAGGGAUGAUGUGUACAAGCUGCUCUGAGUCAGUUGAACGUGCUCUUUUAAUGAUUGAAGGUGUAAAAAAAGCUGUUGUAGGCUUAGCUCUUGAAGAAGCAAAGAUAAACUAUGAUCCCAAUGUUAUAAACCCUAAUCAGAUCAUUGAAGCAGUGGAAGAUUCCGGAUUUGGAGCAGAUCUCAUAGGCUCUGGAAACAAUGGGAACAAAGUUCAUAUAAAACUCGAAGGUAUUGUUUCUGUAGAAGACAUGAAUGGAAUCAAGAAUUCCCUGGAAUCACUAAGUGGUGUCAAUGAUGUUGAGAUUGAUGUGGAAGGAUGUAAGGUGAGUGUUGGGUAUGAUCCAGAUGUGACAGGUGGCAGGUCAGUUAUACAGUUUGUUCAAGAAUCGAGUACUCAUUAUCAGGCAAGUUUAUUCAUUCCAGAAAGAGGAAAUGAAACUGAGAAAUCCCAUGAGAUUAAAAUUUACAGAAAUCAGUUUUUGUGGAGCUGCUUGUUUUCUAUUCCACUUUUGAUGUUUUCUAUGGUGCUUCCGAUGAUUCCUCCUUAUGGGAAUUGGUUAAGUUAA